CUCCCAACAGCCUCCAGCCCAAGAUGGCGCUUUGGGAAUCUGUCUCCUUGCCUGCUUGAGGUAACGCCGAGGGACGGUAUCUGCCCCCGCGCUCCAGCCCCGCGUCGUUCGGCGACGCCGCCGAGGCUGAGCCCCCGAGGCUGCGAUGGCCGCGGUGGUGGCCAAGCGCGAAGGGCCGCCGUUCAUCAGCGAGGCCGCGGUGCGCGGCAACGCCGCCGUCCUGGACUACUGCCGGACCUCGGUGUCAGCGCUGUCGGGGGCCACGGCCGGCAUCCUGGGCCUCACGGGCCUCUACGGCUUCAUCUUCUACCUGCUGGCCUCGGUCCUGCUCUCGCUGCUGCUCAUUCUCAAGGCGGGAAGAAGGUGGAACAAAUAUUUCAAGUCGCGGAGACCUCUCUUUACCGGAGGCCUCAUUGGAGGCCUCUUUACCUACGUCCUCUUUUGGACAUUCCUCUAUGGCAUGGUGCACGUCUACUGAAAAGAGGGCAGGGAUGACUUUUUUUAAAAAAAUUAAAAUUAAAAAACACAGAUUGGGAAGACUGUUGCCAGAAAUUAACACCUUGUAGAUUUACUUAGUUUUUAAAUUGUUGAAUCCGCUGCUUGUUCUGUAACGUUAUAAAUAAUUUAUAUCUGAAGACAGAGAGCCUGUAAUAUUCUUCAGAUUAAAUCAAAUGUGACACUU